CCUUGCGGCCUCGCCAGUCAUGGAGAUGAAGGCCGUGUGCGUCCUGAAGGGCCAGGGCCCGGUGGAAGGCACCAUCCACUUCGUGCAGAAGGGAAGUGGGUCUGUUGUGGUGUCAGGAACCAUUACAGGAUUGACUGAAGGUGAACAUGGAUUCCACAUCCAUCAGUUUGGAGAUAAUACCCAAGGCUGUACCAGUGCAGGUCCUCACUUUAAUCCUCUAUCCAAAAAACACAGUGGACCAAAAGAUCAAAAGAGGCAUGUUGGAGACCUGGGCAAUGUGACUGCUGGCAAGGAUGGUGUGGCCACCGUGUCCUUGGAAGAUUCUCUGAUCACACUCUUAGGAGACCAUUCCAUCAUUGGCUGCACAGUGGUGGUCCACGAGAAACGAGAUGACUUGGGCUAAGGUGGCAAUGAAGAAAGUACACAGAUGGGAAACGCCGGGAGUCAUUUUGUUUGUGGUGUCAUUGGGAUUGCCAAGUAAAUAUUCCCUAGGAUGUGAUCUGAGUCCUAGUAGCUCCUAUGUUAUCUUGCUAGUUGUAGAAAUUUAACUUGAUAAACAUUAAACACUGUAACCUUACAAGUGUAAUUUUUGUGACUUUUUAAUUGCUUUAAGUACCUGUAAUGAGAACUGAUUUAUG